GGUAGGAAGGCCCGCCUCCGCCCUGGGCCUCCCGGAGUGGAAACCCUCCCCGAGCUGCAUAAUGCGCCCGGAUCAGGCCACAUCUUGGUACCGGCGGAUGUCCGUGCUAUAUGGGUUGGGCGCUUGGACCACUGUGGGCUCCUUGUUUUAUUUAAGCCGGAAAAAGCACAAGCCACCAGGUGAUGAAGUGGAGCAAAAGGAUGUCCCAAGAAAUGAAUUGCUUGAACCCCCGAAAGGGUUUUACUUGGAAACAAUUGUCACAUACAAGGAAGAUUUUGUUCCAGUCACUGACAGGAUUGUCAACUUUUUCAAAUCGUGGACUGGUGGCCCUGGACGAGAAUCGUGAUUAACUGUGGAAUGCUGAAAACUUUGGUUCAGCAUAUGCAUUUCAUGGAGGCCUUCCAAUUUAUGUUUAUGAAAAGUGUAUCCAUUUAAUUUAAUUUUGCUGUAAAAUAUAAACACUCGUGGUAUGCAAUAAAUAACGUCCUUGAGGAAAAGUCAA